AUGGUCGCCGUUAAGAUGAAGGCCACUUGGAGGCUCCUGUCCUAUAUCUUUACCAUCUCCCUUGGAGGAGCAGUUGUUGGCAUUGAUCUGGGUAUCAUCGCGACUACCCUCGCACAAGAUGCUUUCAGCAACUACAUGUUCCCGCCUGGAACUAAAAAUGUCACAUCUCUCACCGGCGCGAUUGUGUCUAUGGGAUCAGCUGGAAAUGCGAUAGGCUGUCUGAUAAAUGGCCUUCUCCUUGAGAAAUUGGGACGCCGAAAGACUCUUCUCGUUUCAACUUUCUUCACUAUCGUGGGCUCCGCGUUCCAGACAGCCGCAAAUGGCGUGCCGCUGAUGAUAGUCGGCCGCUUCGUCGCUGGCGUAGCACUCGGGAUUCUCAACCCGACGAUGCCAAUUUACAUCUCUGAGCUUGCUAGGCCAGAGGAGCGCGCUCGCCUGUGUGGUAUAUUUGGACUUAUGAUUGCCAUCGGGUUUUGCCUCGCAAACUGGAUUGGGUAUGCGUGCUCCUUUGCGUCUGGAGACGUGACUUGGCGUCUUGCGCUUGGAAUGCAGAUACCUACAGCGGUACUUCUCAUGGCCCUAUCGAUGUUUCUCCCUGAAUCCCCUCGUUGGCUGGCCCAAAAGGAGCGCUACGAAGAGUUCGAUGCAUCGCUCAAGCGCAUCUACGAAGACGAAGACGAAGAGUUCUUCGUGCGCUCGCAAGUCGAGAUCCGCGCGCAGAUCCAGCUCGAAGGCGCUCAGCGCUCCAACAUCACCGUCGGACAUGCACUGAUCGAGAUCUUCAACCGCAAGAACAUCCGACGCACCGCCAUGGCCAUCAUGGUGAUGCAGGUGGGCAUCCUCUCCGGAAGUCUUGCAAUCCAAAACUACCAGUCCAUCCUCUAUGGCUCUCUCGGCUUCAAGGGCAGACAGGUCAUUCUCAUCAGUGGCUGCUACGGCUUCAUGGGCAUCGUCGGCCAGAUCAUCAAUUUCUACGGCGUUUCUGACCGUUGGCCCCGUGUGAGAACUAUGUGGCUCGGCUGCCUCAUACUCGCCGCUAUGCUCUCAAUUCUCAUGGCUCUCUCCCGCUACUACGGCGAUGGCAAAGAUAUGGCCGGUGCCCGCGCAGGCGUUGCCUUUAUCUUCCUCUAUUCAGCCCUCUACGCCGUCUUCUUCAACAGCACCCUCUACACUAUUGCCGCCGAGACAUUCCCGCAGCAUCUGCGCGGUUACGGCACCUCAAUUGCUGCGCUAUGCCAGAACAUCACCGCGAUCUGGAUGGGGCAGGUUACGCCGUUUGCUUUUGAUGCGAUCCACUGGAAGUACUAUGCGGUGUUUAUUGGGUGUCUAGUGGUGUUGAGCGCAUUUUAUGGGGUGUUCUUAACGGAGACUAAUCAGCUCAGUUUGGAGAGUAUUGCAGGAGCGUUUGGGGAUGAGACGGUGGCAGUAGAUAAAGCGGUGGCGCAUGCGCAACAGGGAGAUGAGAAGAGCGUGGCAGAGGGGGAAAGGGUGUAA